CGAUAUCCCAGAGGAGCCCACCGCAAAGGGCCCAGUCGUCUGCUCGCUUGGCCUGCAGCGGUGCCACCCCCCUCCGUCUCCAGGCAUUUGGACGACCGCCCUUGGUGGGCACCCCAUCCCGCUGCCCUCCCCCGCGCUCAGGGCAGCAGGGCGAGCAGGGGCAGACUCCAUGAGUCACGUCCCUGGCCUGGAGUCGAGGAGGGAAGCGCCGCCUCUCCUCGGGCCCCUUCUCUCCCCCUCUCCCCCCUCUGCGGUCUGGCCAGGCCAGAUGCUGCGCAGCAGCCACCGAGUCUCCAUCGCCGAGCCGGAGGGGGUGGCCCCCAAAACCACAGACAAGAUGAACAUUCUGGCCCCGGUGCGGAGGGACCGCGUCCUAGCGGAGCUGCCCCAGUGCCUGAAAAAGGAGGCCGCCUUGCACGUGCAUAAAGACUUCAACGCCCGGGUCACCUGCGCCUGCCAGGAACACCGGACAGGCACCGUGGGAUUUAAGAUCUCCAAGGUCAUUGUGGUGGGGGACCUGUCCGUGGGGAAGACGUGCCUCAUUAACAGGUUCUGCAAAGACACCUUUGAUAAGAACUACAAGGCCACCAUCGGAGUGGACUUCGAGAUGGAGCGAUUUGAGGUUUUGGGCGUUCCCUUCAGCCUGCAGCUGUGGGAUACUGCCGGACAGGAGAGGUUCAAAUGUAUUGCGUCCACCUACUACCGAGGAGCUCAAGCCAUCAUUAUUGUUUUCAAUCUGAAUGAUGUGGCUUCCCUGGAACACACCAAGCAGUGGCUGGCUGAUGCACUCAAGGAGAAUGACCCCACCAGGGUGCUGCUCUUCCUUGUGGGUUCCAAGAAGGACUUGAGUACUCCCGCUCAGUACGCACUCAUGGAGAAGGAUGCGCUCAAGGUGGCCCAGGAGAUGAAGGCCGAGUACUGGGCGGUCUCCUCUCUCACUGGUGAGAACGUUCGAGAGUUCUUCUUCCGUGUGGCCGCCCUGACCUUUGAAGCCAACGUACUGGCUGAGCUGGAAAAAUCUGGAGCCCGGCGCAUUGGGGAUGCCGUGCGCCUCAACACUGACGACAGCAACCUCUAUCUGACCACCAGCAAGAAGAAGCUUGCGUGCUGCGCCUGACGAGUAAGGGCACUGCUUAGAGACUGCCCACCCCGGGGCAUCGUGGCACCCUGACUCCCUUAGGGUGCCUGUGCUGGUUUUCUAGACCACAGAGCUGCCCCUGGGGGCAGUACCCCUGGAGGGUUUGCUGGGACCAUGCUAAUAAUUAAUGCUUCCAGGCACCAUGCCAAAGACUGGAUGCCCUCCUGGAUCUCCAGGGGCUGCGUGUGUAUGCAUGCGUGCAGGGCCGUGUCCCUGCAUGCCUCGCAAGCCCAGCCCCACACUGUGCCUUAUGCAUUAAAACCUCUGAGU